CCCGCCGCCCCGCCGGCCUUGCACCUGACAGCCGCUCUCUAUAAGAGGGCGACCUCGCACGUGGAGGCAGCCAAACACGCAGCGGCCGCUCCGCGCUGCGGCCGGCGCAGCACGCACCCGCCAACGCACUACAGCACAACACGACACAGCGCGGCAGCCGGCAGGUUCGAGGUCAUCAGGCGGGUCCAGGCCGGACGCGCCAUGGUUGAGGGCAAGCACUACCUGUGGGUGGAGCAGACGCUGGGCUACGCGGAGGAGGGCGCCGUCGCGGCCGGCGUCGACGCGGCCGGCUGGGAGCUGUAUGUGUGCCGCAGCCGGCACGAGGGCGACCUGGUGCCAGGCAGGCUGGCGCCCCGCGACGGCUGCGCCUACGUGCCCUGGGGUGGCGCCGAGCACGUCAAGCUAGAGUACGAGGUGCUGGUGGUGGUGGGGGGUGAGGGUCGGUGGGUUGCGACGCGGGGUGGCUGUGUGCCCAUUGAGGCACUGGAGGCUGGUGCUGCCGGCAGCGAGCCACUCUUUGUGGGCAGGGCCUGCUUCGACGGCUUGCUGGUGCCUGGCAAGGUACACCCAAGCCACGGUGUCUGCUACAUCUCAUACGGUGGGGCAGAGAUUGCUUGCCCCGAGUACGAGGUUCUCGUCAUACACAUAUAAACAGUGCCUCCUUGUAUCAGACUGCUACAUCUGAGGAGCAUCUCAACAUCUCCUCACUCAUUACUUCCUUCCAUUUUAAGCAAACGAGUGUCACUGUCGAUCUCUGAAAAUGUCCUGUGAUAUAUAAUUUUAUGUCUUAUUUAAUACCAGAUGGAGCUUUUAUCCAUCUGCAAUGCCAAACAAUGCAACUCCUAAUUUUAGUACACAUUUUUCAAUUUUUAUAUUUUCUUACUGAUUCCAAGCAGCUUAGUGAAUCCUAUUGAUCACUGAGACAAGUGUUUUGAGUGGAAUGUAUAUUAAUGUGUUGCACAUUACUACUUGUUAUAGGAAAUAAAGUUCUUUUACAACUUCAGUUAA